AUGGCAGUAGCAUCGAUGGAACCAGUGAUAUCGGCGUCGCUAUAUGUGGGGGACCUGCAUCAGGAUGUGACGGAUGCGCAGUUAUUUGAUGCAUUUUCGGAGUUUAAGAGUCUACAGUCUGUACGCGUCUGCCGUGAUUCCUCCACCUGCUGCUCUCUCUGUUAUGGCUACGUCAACUUCAUCUCCUCGCAAGACGCUCUCCAUGCUAUUGAGGUGAAAAAUCAUUCUACAUUGAAUGGGAAAGUGAUAAGGGUUAUGUGGUCUCAUCGUGAUUCAGAUGCAAGAAGAAGCAGGAUUGGGAAUGUGUUUGUCAAGAAUUUAAGUGACUUUAUUGUUAGUGUGAAAGUUCAAGGAAUGUUUCAGAAGUUUGGUAAUGUAUUGUCUUGUAAAGUUGUCGCAUAUGAUGAUAGGCAAAGCAAAGGAUAUGGCUUUGUCCAGUUUGAGUCUGAAAACUCUGCAAAUGCUGCCAUUGAGAACCUUCACGGCUCCACUGUUGGAGACAAACAGAUUUAUGUCGGCAAGUUUGUGAAGAAGAGUGACAGGGCUGUAACCAAUCCUGAAGCUAAAUACACAAAUCUCUUAGCCAUCUUAAAAGAUGAGAAUGGAGCAUCAAGAGGCUUUGGAUUUGUCAACUUUGAGAAUCCGGGCAAUGCCAAACGUGCAUUGGAAGCUUUCCAUGGAACACAACUUGGUAUAGUCAUGAAGUCCUACCGAGGCUCAAAGGUUUUAUAUGUGGCCCGAGCACAAAAGAAAACAGAGCGUAAGGAAAUGUUACACCAUCAAUUUGAAGAUAGAAGGAGGGAGAAAAUCUUGAAAUACCAGGCUUCAAAUGUGUAUGUGAAGAACAUUGAUGAUGAUGUUACUAAUGAUGAGCUGCGGGAACACUUUAGUCAGUGUGAUACAAUUACUUCUGCGAAGCUUAUGCUAGAUGAUAAAGGAAUGAGUAAGGGGUUUGGAUUUGUUUGUUUCUCCACGCCUGAGGAGGCGAUUAAAGCUGUGAACACUUUCCAUGGUUUCAUGUUGCGUAGGAAGCCACUGUAUGCAGCUAUUGCUCAGAGGAAAGAAGAAAGACAAGCUCAGCUACAGCUACAAUAUGCACACCGUAUUGCAGGGUUGGUAGGACCUUCGGCUGUUAUUCCUGGCGGAUAUCCUACUCUUUACUACCCGUCUCCUGGUAUUGUUUCACAAGUUCCAGCAGACCAGCACACCCUGGUUUGA